AUGGACGACAAGCCGCUCCGCUUCCCGCCGCCCACACUGCCCCAGCGCUCAGACCAGCAAAACGACGACGACAAUGACGACGACGAUGAACAGGCCUCCUCUUCGACAACGGACGCAGCGGCCGACGACGACCGGCCUAAAAAACGCACGCGCAGAGUGGUGGACUCGAGCACCACGUGCGCGCCCGAGCAGUUGCACUGCCGCUAUGCCAACAAGAAGUGCCUCAACCCGCGCGCCGUCAAGCGCACGGGCGGGCUGCACACCUUCUGCGCCAUGCACCGAGCCAACGCCAACCGCAACCAACGCCGCCUCGACAUGCGCAAACGCAUGGCCCGGCAGGCCCUGAAGGCGCAGGCAGCGGCGGCGGCCGGAGGACAGGUGGCUGAUGCAGCAGCAGCAACCACGUUGAAGACGGAAACGGUCGUGACGAACACGUCCACAACGGACGGACACGCGCAGUACGAGCCGCUGCAGACGCCCACUCCUUUGCAGGCCGAAGACAUCUCGACACUGGUUACGUUGUUCUUGCCCCCACUGACCCCGCGACGCCGCGCGGACGGCACGUUCGGCUUCCAGCUCGACGCGCCGAUGACCCCCACGACGCCCCACGACUGGUCGUCCUCAGAAAGCACCGGCGGCAACACGCCACCUCCUCCAGUGUCGGGCGGGAUGAGGUUCUGA